UUGGAGGUCUUGAACAGGUUCUUCGGUUCAAGGUACUCUUCUCGUCGCACAUCAACUGACCUUCCUUGCUUUGCUUCCCAAAUAUACUUUGUUGAGGCACCCUGCACAAGAUUCGAGCAUCCAUCCGCUCCCCGCCCCCACCGGAUAUACCUACAGUAUCUUAGAUACCUUGCAUAUAAAAUUCUUGAGCUCAGUUCUUCCUUACUUCACCACCCCCUAUCGCAAAAUGCCUCCCAUCCCAGUGACAAUCGUAACUGGGUUCUUGGGCAGUGGCAAGACAACCUUGAUAUUGAAUCUCAUCCCACAACUUCCCACGUCUUACAAGCUUGCCCUUCUCAAAAAUGAAUUUGGCGAUCUUGCCGUCGACUCUCAACUCGCCAGCUCGGCUUCCAUUUCCGGCGUGCGAGAACUUCUCAAUGGUUGCAUCUGCUGUAACCUGGUGGGUCAGCUAAGCGAUGCCCUCUUCCAACUUCGAGAUACCGUCAGUCCCAGCAGGAUCAUCAUUGAAACUUCUGGGUCCGCAUUUCCCGCCACCCUGGCCAUGGAGGUCAACCGGGUGGCUCGUGAGAAUCCUGGCACUUUCAUUCUGGACGGCGUCAUCAGUGUCAUCGAUGUGGAAAACUGGAAGGGCUACGACGAUACCAGCUACACGGCCAAGAUGCAGGCCAAGUAUACCGACCUGAUUGUUUUCAAUAAAUGGGAAUUGGUAGAUGAGCGGAUGUUUGAAGAUGCGCUAGACCGGGUUGGAGACCUGGACGUCCAGAUCGCCUGGGUCAAGAGUCAAAGAGGUUGGGUGGACGUGGAACUCGUCAUGGGCAUUGACGGUGCAUUGGUACGGGAGCAAGGGUUGAGAGGGGCCAUUGAAAUCAAUGCGGAACAUGGCCACGGCGCCCUGGACAAGUCACAUGGACAUGACGGACAUGACGGACAUGACCACCAUGAUGAUCACCACCAGGAUGAAGUCGAAGUUCUCUCGGUGGUUCUCAACAAUGCCGACACCUCGCGGCCUCCACAAGGUGUCGUUUUGGAUUCUUUCGAGGAUCUCCUCCUCAGCGCCCCCAAGGAUGAGGUCUACCGCAUCAAGGGUAUUGUCCUAUCUUCAAAACCACCACCAGACUCCACGGGAGCAACCAAACCGAGUAUUGCUGUCGAUUCCGAAGGUCAGAGUCUAUAUGUGCUGAACUGGGCGUUUGGAAGAUGGACAUAUACCCCUCUUCAAAGCACGGCAUUCUCGGCCAUGGACCAAGCCAGUGCUCGACUGACUUUUAUCCUGGCAAGAGGUGAAUCGAGCAAAUGGAUUCGACGGCUGAAUAAGGGUGAUUUCAUCGUCCUGGAAGGUGAAGACGGCAAGCGAGAACAAGGACUGCUUGAUGUGACCAAGAUAGGCUGAGAGGAACGCUGAUGAUUCCCAAGAUAUUGGAUGGCUUUCUGUCUCACUGUUGACAGCUCCGACCAAGGCUACCACCGGACAGUCCCGGACAUGUCUUGCUGAUCAGGUUCACCAUACCAGGCCAUUUGACCACGACGCAGCUUGGAGGGCUUUCCUUACAUUGAAUUCCCUUCGCCACCGGAUUUCACUAGGUGGGCGAUGCGACAUGAUUUUACACUUGACGACAUACAAGGAUAGGAGAUCAGUACAGGAGAAUCCAAUCGAGGUACACUCGAACAGAUCCACGAGUUUCCACGAGGUGUUGUGUCUGACGAUACAGCGCAGCAAAUGAAGAAACUAAGUCACGACUGGGAGAUUCAACACUAGGAUGAAUGGUCUCUUCAUGUAUUGAUUUGACCUGUUGUUAUUUACAUAUAUCUAUAUUUAGACUGAGAUUCCUCUUGCAUCAAGCAGGCACAGUAGAUAUAAGUCGG